ACUUCCUGCUCAGUCCAUCGGCCACCCCUGUUUUGUUGUUUGGCUAAAGAUGGCGUUAGCGGCUAACACUGGCGGCUGCAUUUUGUUACACAAAAAUUAUUCGGCCAUUGGUAACAAAACAUGGAUAAAAUAGGUCUUUAGUUCGUAAUUUGAUUUGCAAAGAUGUGUUACACUGAGAAAAUACACGUCCAUUACGUAGAAUAACGCUUGCUCAGCCUUCGUACGAUGUAGGCCUGUUUUUAAGGGAGUGGACCGAAGCUGUUGGAACUCCAUCUCCCGUCAGUGAGUGCGGUGUCAGGUGGUACAGUUUUCCUUUUUAAUUCUGGUAUCUGUAGUCUUCUAUCACGUGCCAGUGCUGCUUUUGUGGAAACUUUAAAGAGAAUUAAAUGAAAUUACUGAGAGUUUUUCACAAGUCGAGUGGUUAGCUAAUUGUUAGAAGUGAAAUGGCAUAUUAUUUAUUUAUAUGUCACUGGAAGCGUCCAGUGAUGCGUCACGGUGUCUGAACUAUCCGUUUAAGUUGAGAAGAAGAAAAUCAAGACAAGUAAACUUGUCACCUGCCACUCCGGGGCCAUGGCUGCAUCACCUGCGCAAGGUGACCGUAAAAACUCAAGAGCACCCACCAGAGAAGGGCACCCUUCAUCAGCGGAACCUUCUUUGACCUGGUGCUUGGCCCACCUCUCCAAGUGUGGACCAGCUGAUUGUCGGGGGCAUGGGCAGACAGAUUCCGGGGGUAGCAAAGAAAUGGACAAGAGAUCCAGAAUCUCUCAGUGGCGAGCCCUGGUUGCUAUCAGAACACAGCACAUUAAAGGCGAUAAGGCUGGCAUUGCCAGAUUCAGAAUUCAAGGAGGUCUCAGGCCACUUUUGGACCUACUCAAACACCCUGAGUGCUCGAGGAAAACUCUGGACCUGGCUCUCAGCAUCCUGGCCAACUGCUGCACUGAGGUGGAGACACGCGUAGAGGUCCGCAAGCUUGAUGGAAUAACUAUUGUAGUGGAUAUCCUGAAGAGAAAUGUGGCCCUGGAGACUGUUCAGAACCGAGCAGCUCGAGCUUUGGGGAACUUGGCCAUGGAUCCAGAGAGCUCUGCACUCAUCCACUCUGCUGGUGGUGUUCCUCUUCUCCUCCUCUGUGUGUCUCUGUCCUCUGCCCCAUCCUCUCCGACAGCUGCCCCACCCAAAGACCCCUGUCCCAAGCUGGAGUGUGCCCAGUCUGCUGCUCGAGCCCUUCUCUACCUCUCAGAUACUCCCUCUAACCGGAUGUCACUGCUUACCCAAGGGACCUUAACUGCCCUCGCCCCUCUCAUCGCUCCAGAAUAUCCCGAGGGGUUACGACGAGCAGCACUCAGAACCCUCCAUGAGCUGACCCGGGGCUGUGGCGUUGAAUGUGCCAGGGAAGUGUCACGUUCUGGGGUCCUGUCUCAGCUUGGUGUCAUGGCCUCGGGCGAGUCUGGUAAACCUUAUGAAGAGCUGGCACUGAAAACACUGGCCAACAUGUGCUCCCAAGGCUCCCUGCGCCCUCUCAUCGGGUCACUGGGCGUCAUUCAGAAAUUUACUGAGGAGGUUAAGAGGGACCCGCUAAAAUCAGUUAUCUUCUUCAAGGCUUUGUGCUUGUGCUGUAAAGAGGCGGUCAACCGAGCCAAGGUGAAAGAGAAUGGUGGACUGGAGGUGCUGAUUGGCUUUUUGUCUGCUCAUCAGAGUCAUCCUCUUUCCCGGCUAGCUAUUCUGGCUUGUGUGGACUUUGUUUUUGAUGAGUCUGCCAUGGAGCAGUUGCAAGAGUUAGGGCUGGUCCCUCUUCUUGUUGCACGACUAGUCAAGCUCAGCAGAGGAGAGGAACAGUCAGCUGAGAAGAUUGACGUGAGCCUCUCCUCCUCUUCUCCAACUGAGUUCCUUCCUUCCUCAUGUUUUGAUUCUUUUGACUUUCCCCCUCCUGAGGGAUGCAAGAAAGACGAAGCUAAGGAGCAAGGUCUAUGUUCAUCAAGUUUCCUAAGCCUCAGGUCUUGGUUGGUAUCUGAAGGAUUGAUAUCUUCCGAGGGGGAUCUGCUGGAUUCCUCUAAUGUUGACGGGGAAUGGGGUGGGAGUCUUCAGAUCCCACCAUCUUCAUCUCCUCAAACGUCUUCCCCAAACCCAUAUAUCAGCCAGUCUCUUAAAAACGCUUCUUCAGCCGCCCCUACUGUCCCUUCUGCUUCCAAAAAAGCUACUCAAACUUCCCCUGUGUCUUCUUCAACUUCAUGUAAAGUCACAGAUCCACCUCCCUCUAGUGCGCUCACACCACAAACCCAGCCUAGCUCUUCCACCAUCUCUUCUCCCACUAAAACAACCCAAACACCUGUCUCCCCAUCAAAGUUCUCGUCCCCACACAGAAGGAAGCAGCGGGUUAAUUCCUCAACGUCUUUGACUAAAGUCACUCUUAACACCCCUCCCUCUGUGCCCCGCCCGAUGGCCUACCAUCACCCUUAUCACCCUGAACCCUGGACACCGGAAGCUCCCAUCCUGCUGCUGCUAUCACGCUUCUCCCAUGCCACUGACCCGAGUGCUGCUCUGGUCAGCUCAGGUGUCAUGGCUGGCUUGGUCUACUACCUCACCCAGCACCAAGACCCCAGCAGCAGAUGCUUCCGCUUGCUUUGCCGACUGAGCUGCAACCCAAACUGUUUGCAGGCACUGGUUCGAACAGGUUCUGUAGCAUUGAUUCACUACCGUCUCUGUCAGAGAGAGGGAGGGUUCGCAAGAGAAGAGAGGCAGACGGACCGAGUGAAAGCCAAAGUUAAACAGCUUGGUACUGCUCUUCUGAAUAAUCUGCGUGUCCAGUGCGAGUCUGGAUUUGGCUCUGGGGUUCUUGCACACGUAAUGCUGUCGGGCACUGAGUCAGACAAGAUGAACUGUGCACUCUCUUUGCCAUUAAUCAACAGCAACAAGUCCCUGCUGAAGAAACUUCUUCUGGACAGUGGUGGACUGUCCUUUGCUCUGCAGCCCAUUGACUGCGAUGAGGAUGACGUGGAUGAAGACCACCCUGCUGAAUGUGAAAGACUGCUUUCUGAGUUGUUAAGUUUGCCACAUCCAGGUUUGACAAGUCAGCUCCACUCACUGUACUUCUCUCUUCUAAUUGGAUGCCUGUCUUCUCUGACGGGGACAAUUAAAACGGAACUUUACAAAAAACAUACAAAUCCAGUCACAACACAAUCUAUCAGUAAAGCUGGCAGAGUUUCACCUCCUCCUUCGAAAAAACCUCGCCUAGCUGACUUAUGUCCUUACAGUGUCUCAAACUUUGAUCUGAAGCUGCUGCUGGAUGAUGGGACCUGCGUCCCAGCUAACAGGGGGGCUGUGGCUGGUGGGGAGGGAGCUGAUGGCGUGGGCUCUGAGUACUUUAGGGCACUCUUGAGGGGUGGCUUUGGAGAAGCUCAGGGUAAUGCAGACGAGGCCAUCCCCAUCAAGGAUGUUAGUACAGGUAUGCUACUGCCAGUGUUACAUUAUUUGCAUGGAUGUCGCCUCAACAAGUACACCGAAAUGACCAGGGAACGGGAGGAAGGAGGAACGGAAAGGCAUUGCGAGGUUUUGGACACAUUAGUCCAGAAUGGACUGAGCAUCUGCCAAAAGGAGACAGAGGAGCGUUCAACAGGCGUCUUGGCUUUCCAGAAAACACCUUUAGGCGAGAUGAUGAUUGGAGCUUGCAGAUUUUUGGUGAAUGAGCUACAGAAAGAGUUAGAGGAUCUCUGUGUGUCACUUCUCCUGUCCUGCUUCAUAAAGUCUGACAGCCAAACCACGCCUGCUAGCACAGAAGACAAUGCUAGAAAGGUUACAACUAAAAUGGAACUGGAGUGCCCUGAUUCUGCAGAGGAGAACCUAGCGAAUCGAACAUCUGAGCUAGAGCUGACUGGAUAUAAGAUGCAAACCGAAAAUUUAUCUGGUCAGGAGAAGAAACUAAACAGUUCCCUACAACAAAUAGACAGCAAGAAAACAUCUUUUGCUGGAACCUUGCAAAACGACGAUGGAGCACUCAGUACAAAUACAGACAAGACCACAAUCAAAAACGUUUCACCAGUUUCCAAAUCAGUCUGUAUAUCAAUGGAUAAAUCACUUGAUCCAAAAGAGUUGACAUCAAGACCAAAGAACUUGAUUAAAGCUUCAGAUGAACUUGCGAAAUUGGCCCCUCAAGACUCUCGGUCUUCGCCAGAAUGCAGGGCUAAAGGUGAUGCUUUGGCUGCUCUGCUCCCAGAGGUAUACUGGUUUUCCCAGCGGUACAGCUAUCCAGCACUCCGCCAGGCCUGCCUGUCUUUGUUGCUGGGCUGUCAGGGCUGUUCUCAGCCCAUCUUCUCCACCUCCGUUGCUGGGGAUUGCCUUCGCAGACUAGCCAAAGAGGCUGAUUGUACAGAGACUCUGAAACAGGAUCUACUAAGUCUGGCUUCAGUAGCUCUGAGCUGAGUGUGGAGGGGCAAAGUUGAAAACUGGGAAAGAAUGGGGUAUGAAUUUGUUAAACUUGAUUAUGGUUCUGGAGUUGCCAUUGUUUCAUUAAGUGUCAAAUGUGUGGUUACAAUGGCAGCAAAACACACUGUAUGAAUUUCUUUAGCAUAAACAGAAGUGACAGUUAAUUUGUGAUCAUUAUUUUGAAACAUACAUUUGUGUUACAUUUUGAUCUAAUUGUAGCCAGUCCCAGCAUGACAUCAGUUUGUUAUAAUUUGCUGUAUUUGGAUUAUUUUCUAACAACAUUUGUAUUGCAAUUGUUUUUUUGUUUUUUUUUUUCCAAGUUGGGAAUAGUUUAAACAAAUGUCUACAGUGCAUUUGAUAAGUGUCAUGGAGCUGGAAUUAUUAGAGUUGGACUAGGAGCCAGUUGUUUAUUUUGUACAUAGAGAUGAUAUGGCAUUGCAGAUAUACAGUGUAUAAGUUUCAAGUGUCCCAUACAGAUUUAUGGCACUGAAUAUAAUGUUGGAACAUCA